AAUAAAUGCCAUAAUAUAUCAUGAUAAAAUUUUAAGUCCACAUUACCAACUCCAUACAUGAUUGUGUUUGCUGCGCAGGUUCAGAAUAUUAGCCAAUCAAUGGAGGUGCUAGAUCUGAGAACCUUCCGGGAUCUCCAGUAUGUGAAGAACACCGAGGGUCUAAUGAAAGUCGUCGAUGGAAAGCUGAAGGUGGCCUCUGAAAAUCCCCGAAGCCUCAAUCCAAAGGGCUUUCAGGAGGUAAAAGACAAGGUAAACCAACUGCUCCCCCUGCUGCCAGUGUUGGAACAGUACAAGGCAGAUGCUAAGAUGAUCCUGCGUCUCCGAGAGGAGGUGAGAAACCUUUCCCUGGUGCUUAUGGCCAUCCAGGAGGAGAUGGGAGCCUACGACUAUGAGGAGCUGAGGCAGAGAGUCCUGCUACUGGAGACCAGACUACACUCUUGCAUGCAGAAACUAGGUUGUGGAAAGCUCACCGGUGUCAGCAAUCCGAUCACAGUGCGUGCAUCUGGAUCAAGAUUCGGCUCCUGGAUGACAGACACCAUGAUACCCAGCUCAGACAACAGAGUGUGGUCCAUGGAUGGAUACUUCAAGGGGCGGCGCGUCCUAGAAUACCGCACAAUGAGCGAUUUCAUGAAGGGGCAAAACUUUGUUCAGCACCUGCUGCCGCAUCCGUGGGCCGGCACUGGCCACGUGGUCUAUAACGGCUCGCUGUACUACAACAAGUACCAGAGCAACAUCAUCAUCAAAUACCACUUCCGGUCUCGAAGCGUGCUGGUGCAGCGCAGCCUCAGCGGAGCCGGCUAUAACAACACCUUCCCAUACUCCUGGGGUGGCUCCUCUGAUAUUGACCUCAUGGCGGAUGAGAACGGUCUCUGGGCUGUUUACACCACCAUUAACAAUGCUGGGAACAUUGUCAUCAGCCGCCUGGAGCCCCAGAGUCUGGAGAUUCUUCAAACCUGGGACACGGGCUUCCCAAAGCGCAGUGCUGGAGAGUCUUUUAUGAUCUGUGGCACACUCUACGUCACAAACUCUCACCUCGCCGGUGCCAAGAUCUACUUUGCCUACUAUACCAACACAUCAAGUUAUGAGUACACAGAUAUCCCCUUCCACAAUCAGUACUCCCACAUCUCCAUGAUGGACUAUAACCCCAGAGAGAGGGUCCUGUACACCUGGAACAAUGGACACCAGGUCCUCUAUAACGUCACACUUUUCCAGGUCAUUAAGACAUCUGGAGACUGAGGGCUCAAAGAAAAGACCCACUCAAAAAAUGCUGUGAUCAUUGUUCUAAAAGGACAAAGGAGCAGGGUAGAGAUGGGUACUGUCUGAAGAAAGGGGUUUUGGGGGGGGGUCGAGGUUUUAAUCUGUGGGUACAGGCUUGGGUGUUUUUUUUAAGAAUUUCGAUCUUCAUAGAGUGCUAUUAUUCACAUUCUCCAAAAAAAUGUCCAACAAAAGGUUCGUAAAGACCUAAAGACUGAGCGCCUUUCUGUUUUUCUUUAUGUGAUGAGUAAGCAUGGUUCUUUUUAUCUGUGAUGACAAAUAAACAUCCACUUUAACAUUAA